AAUUUGAUAUACCAUCUAAAAUGAUAAUCGGUAUGCAGCAAAGGUUCUAUCUAAAUCGCUAUCAAGAGGGGUGGCAACAUAGCUUUUGAGCGAUCGUCUGCACGUUGGCUCCAAUCUUUUUCGAAUUUGUCUUUCUGUCUCGGUACGAUGUGCUAGCAAAAUCGUCGCUGAGCUCCCUCCAGAGAUAUUUGCAGCACAUGUACUGUGAGUACACGCUCAUCUUCAUCAUGAAGUAAAUAGUAGUAGGACAAUCUGAAUUAGGAGUAUUUUUUCGCCAUUAUUUCUCAUUUCGAGCACGUUGCAUCUUGCGCGCUCCAGCAAGUACCGCAACGUUCGACCAAAGUUACUAUUCACAGCACGCAAAACCUGCUUUUGAUUGUAUCGAUAGAUCAGAUCUCACGCGUUUGCAUUGACAAUGUUUCAUGUCACGUUUUCGUCUAAACCGGAAUGAUUGAAAGCUAAGCAAGUGGCGGUGUUUCUAAUCAGCAUUUCCCUUUUUCUUUACUUGCUUUCUAUCUCCACCACUGCACUCGUCGUGACGGAACAGGUGCUAUGUGGUAGAUAUGACGUUUGUUACCGCAACUACUAGUCGAAUGAGGAGAAGUAGACGUUUUUGCACUUUUUUUUGAUCUAGUCCGAUAUCAUUAGAAUCAAAACAAUGCUUGAACAUCAACCUUGUAGUAACAAUGCAAAUGAUAUACUAAACAAAAGCUGGUUUUCGUUAUUAUGGUGUGAGUCACAUUUUGCUGCACAACUGAUCAAUCCAGUUCGCCAUCAGAACGCAUGGCACAUCAAAGACACAGGAAGUCGUUUUAUCUGGAAUUGUGCAUUACAUCAGUGGUGGCAUGCAUUUUAACAAAGUGUGAGCUCGCGGAUGCGUCUGAGUGUACCGCCUGUGGGUAUUUGGCUAAAAAUUGUAGCGACGCGGGCGGUAAAGACAGCGUGAAUGUGUGCGAUGCAUUCGGUACGAUCCAAAUCGACGACGUUUUCUGCAAUGACAACGAAUGCCAAUGCAGUAAAGGCCAUCACUGCGUGAGUACCGUUGUGGGAUGUACAAACCUGUUCCAGUCGCGCAAUCGCCGGCGUUGUUUGGGCAACGAAACGUUAGCACAACGCUUUAAGAGAUGCGCUA